ACUGAGCUGCCAGGUUUUUUUUAACCGUAAAAUCUGUGGUGAUUUUGUGUCACAGUGCAAUAGUAUCGAUGGAAAAUGAUAUCACUGUUAAUUAUGUGGGGACUGUGCUUCCAGUUUGCUUAACAUAAACGUCACUUCCCUCUCUCUCCCCGGAAGUCCCGCCCCCCAGCUAAGGUCAUUGGCUAACACCCCGUAGCCAGCCGCUACAAUACUUUAUAUUUAUCUGUAGCGCCACCUUACGUCUUGUUGACUAGCAAGGCUGCGUGUCUAAUGAAUGAACUGCCGGCCGUCUCCUCUUUUUUUCGCUUUAAUAGGUCCUAACCUCUAUAUAGCUUAACCAACAAGCCGUUAAAUUUUCAAAUUUUACUCCUAAACACCGUUUGACUUAUUUCGUAAAUGUAUUGAGAGCGGGUUAGCUACGUGCUAGUUAGCUCAGUGGCUAACAAUGCUACACGCAUGAGUCGACGCCGGAGGCCUCACUGGAUCCUCGGUAAUUCCUGCGGAGGCCAAGCCGAGCCACAUCAGUUUAGAACGGGCUUGUCUUUUGCGUUGUAGGUGACGCUCCUGGAUCUGGAUCUACCCCGAUAUCAAAGCCGGUUUUAGACGCGCAGGCUGAUACAAUUGUCAUUAUUCACCAGUAACGUAAUAAAAAAGAGGCUCCUGAAGAGAGAUGGAGGCUCCUCCUGUCACCGUGAUGCCUGUCACCGGGGGCACCAUCAACAUGAUGGAGUACCUGUUGCAAGGAAGUGUGUUGGACCAGGCCCUGGAAAGCCUCUUGCAUCGCCUGCGAGGCUUGUGUGACAACAUUGAACCCGAGGCCUUUACUGACCACGAGCUGGUUUACCUCCUGAAAGGCCAACAAGGCAACCCGUUUAUCCUCCGCGCUCGCCGCUCCCUCGCCCACCCCACAGCGCCGUGGCACCUGCGCUACCUGGGACAGCCCGAGGUGGGGGACAAGAGCCGGCACGCUCUGGUGCGCAACUGCGUUGACGUGGCGGCCUCGCACAGUUUACCCGAGUUCCUCAAUGAAAUGGGCUUCCGUAUGGACCACGAGUUUGUAGCGAACGGACACAUGUUCCGUAAAGGCGCCAUGAAAGUGGUGGUCAGCAAGCUGUCGCGCAUCCUGGUACCGGGGAACACGGACAACACGGAACGCCUGUCGCUGUCGUACUUGGUGGAGUUGAGUGUGUUGGCGCCCGCCGGUCAAGACACCGUGUCAGAAGACAUGCGCAGUUUUGCAGAGCAGCUCAAACCUUUGGUGCACCUGGAGAAGAUUGACCCCAGCAAACAGAGACAUUGAAAAACCCAACGUACAUGUUAGAUAUCUAUUUGUAGAUUUUUUUUACAUGACAUUAAAUGCAACCCAGCUUUGGCAUAAA